AUGAACGAUUCCAGCUCGGGCGAGCUCCCUGCUGCAACCGAGAGACGAAAGAGUUUCGUCGAUAUGCUGAAGCCUAGAGUGUUCAGCACCAGCACGUCCUCCUCGACCUCUCCCGCAGGUGCAGUGCCAGCAGCACCACCACCACCAGCUCAGCGAAAGAGUAGUAUGUCCAUGGUCUUGGGUCUCUCUGGCGCAGGGAACAAUCAAGAGUCACCAUAUAAUGCUUUCACGCGUCAACGCCGAGCCAGCAUUUCUACCUCUUCAGCUAGUGGCUCUGAAUUCCGAAACAGCUUUGACGAGAACGCGAUCAUCGAGGAUGACGAUAAGCUGCCACCACUAAAUUCUCCUCCCAGUCCUUCAUUUGCCCGCAGACUCAGCUUUGGUGCUCAAGCAAUGCGUGAGGCGAGACAAAGCGGCACGUCUCCCACCAAUACUGCUGGUAGGCGACCCUCGUCUUAUCUGCUGUCCACAUUGACCGAAGAUUCCGACAUCAACCAUGAUCAAAAAGCUGCACCUGCUCGCUCCCCAGGGACGGCCAAGACUGGAGGAGAAGGAUUCAACUGGUCCGAUGCCAUGAAGAACAAGAGAGCCUCUAUUUCUGCUGGAAAUCCAUUCUCUCCAGCCCAUAACCGGAGCAAAUCGUUCAAUGCACCACAGCCUCCACCACCACCGAAGGAAGUCGGGCUGAGUAGUCCUCCCCCAGCUCCCUCUGUGUUGAGGUCCAAGAAGCCAGACCACCUAGGUGAACGAAUGCUUCGAGGAGAGUUUAUGAUGGAUUAA